AUGAAGCACUAUAAUGAAGCUGUAAAACGCGAUCCAGAAAAUCCCGUUCUUUAUUCGAACCGAGCGGCGUGCUUCACAAAAUUGAUGGAUUUUCAACGAGCACUAGAAGACUGCGAGACAUGUAUCAAGAAAGAUCCUUCUUUCAUAAAAGCAUAUAUCAGAAAAGGUGCUGCACUGAUGGCUCUCAAGGAGUAUGGUAAAGCCCAAAAUGCUUAUGAGGCAGCACUUACGCUUGACCAGAAUAAUCAGGAGGCGCGAGAUGGACUGAUAAAUGCGAUGAGCAAUAACAAUGAAGACCCGGAUGCUGCCCGAGAGCGUGCUAUGCGAGAUCCAGAAGUGCAAGAAAUUCUCAAGGAUCCCGGGAUGCGACUUUUGCUGGAGCAGAUGAGUCAGGAUCCGGGCGCAGUGCGUGAACAUCUCCAGAACCCCGAUAUAUUAACGAAACUUUUAAAGUUGCGUGAAGCAGGCAUCAUCAAAUUUCGAUAA